GGCCUUCAAUCUGCUGGGGUUAGAUGUGUGGCAACAGAGAGACUGAUCCCAAAUCCAGUGACUUCAUUCUCCAAGAGGACAUCAUCACUGGCCUGGCAUGAGGAGGAUCUUCAUCGGGGCAACCCAGAACCUGUCUCCAAGUGUUUCGUUGUGCGCUCCUUAGGAUGGGUUGAGAUUCCUGAGGAGGACUUGGCACCAGGCAAAAGCAGUAUCGCAGUAAAUAAUUGCAUCCAACAACUUUCCCAAAGCAAUGGUGACAGUUUUGGCCCUGCUGAUAGAUGGGGUGAGGGUCAAAACAUGAUGAUGAUUCUCAAGGAGGACACAAUGAACUUGGUAGAUCCUUUGGAUCACAGCCUCAUCCAUUGCCAGCCCAUCAUCAAUAUUCGUGUUUGGGGUGUGGGCUGCAACAAAGGCAGGGACAGGGAUUUUGCUUUCGUGGCCAGUGACAAGGACACGUGUGUGCUGAAGUGCCAUGUCUUCCAUUGCAAUGUGCCUGGCAAGGCUAUUGCCAAAGCUCUGCAUGAAAUGUGCUCCAAGAUUAUGGCUGAGCAAGCAGUGGCAAGUAACAGCCUCUCUCGAUCCAUCACCCUUGAAUCUAUUUCUCCAAAUGACAUAUCUCUGCAAGCUGAUAUAUUUGAUGCUGUGAGAAAAUCUGUUCAGAAAUACAAAGCUUUCUAUAUCGGCAGCUUACCAGUAUCUAAAUCUAUGGGGAUUGAUGUGCUAAAUAAUGCCAUUGAAACUCUGAUGGGCAGCUGUAACCGUGAGCAGUGGAUUCAAGCUGUGGUUCGUGUUUCAGACUCAGUGAUGCAAGCAGAUCAGACUGAAGCUGAAGAGGAAGAAGAUCCCUGCAUUUGGGAAUGCCAAGUACGCUACGUGACUUUUAUUGGGAUUGGGAGAGAUGCCCACACAUUUGGACUUAUUGCUGACAUGGGGAAACAACAUUUCCAAUGCACAGCUUUUUGGUGUGAACCAGAUGCUGGAACCAUUUCAGAAGCAGUACAGGCUGCAUGUAUGGUCCAGUAUCAAAAGUGCUUAGUGGCAUCACAAAUGAGAAGAAAAAGUAAUUCACACUCCAUUAUGAAGCUGAAAAGGACAAUGUCGCUCGAUUCACCCGUUUGUUCAUUUCCCAUCACAGGACCCUCCUUGCACAAAACGAGCAGUGGGGCCGCCACAUGCAAGAGGGGAAUGCUUUCUUUCUUUGAAACCUUCCGCCAAAAACAUUCCACGCUACACACUUCCUAA